GCAGCGCACGCUGAUUUCUGAGAGGAUUGCCUGGCUGCUCUGGCGACAGGCUGCACAGUUACUCGCAUUCAGUACAGCGUGGGCGGGCGAAUCAUUCUGGAGAACGCUACAGAUUUCUCCUACAAGCAUCCUAAUUCUCGUUUUCUAUAGAAGUUGGCCAGCAAUGUCAGAUAACCAGGAUACCGAGACGUUAUCGGGAGAGUGCUGUGAGACACAGGAAUCUCAGGACCCAAACUCAAAUCCUGUGAGAACAGAGGAGGCCAAACUGAAAGCGAAGUAUCCCAAUUUGGGCCAGAAACCAGGAGGAUCAGACUUUUUGAUGAAAAGACUUCAGAAAGGACAAAAGUACUUUGAUUCAGGUGAUUACAACAUGGCCAAGGCAAAGAUGAAGAAUAAACAACUACCAGCGGCAACUGGUCCAGAAAAGAGUAUCGUCACCGGUGAUCACAUUCCAACUCCGCAGGACUUGCCGCAAAGAAAGUCCUCCUUAGUCACAAGCAAACUGGUUGGCUAAUCACUACCUCAGAUCCUGAGCGACCCCUUUCCAAAUUUUCUCUCCUUGACUUCAGAGCUCCAUUGGGGUUGUGCACUAUUUGCUUGUUUUUUUUUUAAACUUUAUUAUAGUUUGUUUUGUUUUUUAACCACCUCUAUCCCCUCUCAACAGCUCUAGCCUGAUCCACCAUACUGUCUCUCACACAUCUGGUUAAAGAGCAAUUAUUUGAAUCAGUGAAGGGCCAGGUAAGGUGAAUGGCCAUUUUAAUGCACUUUAUGAUCUAUACACCUUCUACAGGAAUGAGAUCAAGCUCUUUGUUUAAAUUUGUGGCGGUCACAGCCAGUUUGAUCCCUUAUCAAAUAUCAAUCAUAUUUACAGGUUCCUAGAGAUGAUACACUUUGUUCUUUGGCAUUAGCAGCAUAAGAUUGUGUUAUAAAGCAUAUACAUUCUGCUUAACUAUUUGGCAACAAGUGCAUGUUGGCCACGUCUGUAAUUUCUCAUCUGGGUCUGAUGAAAUGUUUGCUUUUUGAAUUCAGAAAUGACUAAACUCAGUACUCAUCAAUAGGCUCGAGUUAGAAUGUAAAUAGACCAAAAUGUUGAAAUUCAUGUGUCACGAAAAUCAAAAGUGCUUCAACUAAGGACCUGACCCAGCACAGAACAUAAUUUUCAGGACACCUGAUUUGAUGUGGUUUUGGAAAACCAGUCAGCUUUGUACUGAGUAAUCAUGAGGGAUAGCUCAGGCUCAUAAUUGUUAAGGUAAUAAAUGUAAGUGUACAUUGAUUACUUUUGCCACCAGUAUGAUGCACAUCAGGAGUUACCAAGGUACAAUCAUUCAGUCUGCAACAUUAGUGUGUGUGAAGCAGAGACACUAAGAGGAUAUACAGGCAGAUGGAAAAGCACAUUACAUGUGGUGAAAUACAUUUUAAUAAUUUAAGUGUGUUCAGGUAAAAAAAAAAAAAUCAUCAUAAAGUUCAUUCGUCUGGUGUUGACAUGUCUGCCUUCCCAAUCAUGGAAGGCUAACUUGUGAUCUAUAGGAAAAUUCUGUUUAGGGCGGUGAGGAUCUUAAGCUUAGUUUGUAAUGACGUCUGUACUAAACACACCUAAUUCAAAAAAAGCUACAGCUUUACACUCCCUUAACUCUGGAAGUUCAAAUCCCAUUUAAAUGAUUUCAUAUUUACAAACCAUGUACAGGGGUGAUGCAAGUCUAUCAGUAACCUAAAGGAUAAUCAGAUUUUGCUGAAAACUAUUCAGGGACUUUAACUGCAUAAUCAUAUUCAUAACCUGCAUAUUGAGUGGAAUUCUUUGUUAAAAUUGUUGGUGACUUACACCCAUGUGCGUGACCGUGACGGAUGUAAGAAUGACAUCAAUACGUUGGCUUGAGAAAAUUUGCAGGCAAAAUUGAGAAGUAUGCAUUUUGCGCAUGAUUACGUUUGAAUGUUGUUUGGGUGUUUAUUGUGAAUAAUGUAUUAUGUACAGUGUUGUACCAUAACCUCUUUUAGCUGAUCUCAAAUUGUAAAUAGAUAUACAUUUAUUUUAAUAAUUGUAUUUGUUUUCAUAACCAACAUAGCUUCAUUUUUCUUAUCUUCCACUCUACAGGUUUCCUAUUAACAUUUUCUUUUGUGAAGUUGUUUGCUAAACAGCUUCCUUUGCAACAUUUUCCGCUCAUUAAUAUGAAAAAUUUGUAAGAACCCCAUAAAUAUCUAUAAUUUUUCUCAUUACAAGACUUCCAAAGUUCAGUUAAUUAGAAAACACACUGGGUUACUGUUAAGGCAUAUGUAGUUGUAUAAAGGUGUAGAUGAGGAAACCUUCCCAAGUUGUGUAUAUUUGUAUAAUAAUGAUACAAGUAUCUUUAUUCUAAUAUUUUGUCAGCUAUUUUGUUGGAAUCAUACAAGAGAUAGCCAGGAAAGGCUCUUUAGGAAAAACUGCUUUAAAAACAAGGAGAGCUAUGGGGCUGGAUAAUGAGAGUCAUGCAAAUAUUUCAUUUUGCAUUAAAAGGUCAACUCACCACAGCUUUAAUAUGAACUGCCCCAUACACUGCUUCAACAUUUUGGAGUUCCAAAAACUAAUGUUUACUGUGUGUAUCUGUGUACUUAGUGCUGUACAUGCACAGACAGACAUGCAUGCACCUUACCUUUAUGUAUUUAUGAUUUAAGAAGACUACUGUGGAAUAGGCUUGGAGAAAUGAUAAAUAUGCAAGGAAAAGAAAUUGGUUUUGAGCUUUGUCCUCAGCUGUAAUGAUCUCAAGAUCUGUCAAGUUCUGAAAGAUGGAAAAAGCUUAAGAUUAUUGUCUGGAAUAAAGUUUUACAUUGUC